UCGGUGCUCUGGCCUCUGUCCCAGGGGGUCCCGCGGGGCCGGGGCUGCUCGAGGAUCCUACGCGGAGCCUCGCUGGUGAGCGGCCGCCGUUCAUAACGUUCUGUGCUUGUAAGCAUUGUGGAUACUGGAGAAAGCCACCCACAACUUAGACAGUAAAACCUUGAUUAACCAGAACUCAGCUAACCGCUAUUUUUGUGAGGGUGGAAGGAAGCUGCAGGCGGAAGGCAGGGAGAGCCGCCCCACCCACCACCAAGAAGCCUUGAAGUUCAAAGCAAAGCUCUGUGAUUGGUUGCUUCAUCAGCUAAGAAGAUCUGCCUUCCCAAGUCAGAGAAGCUCUGCAAAGUGGUCUGAGAACUGAACAAGUUGCUAAAAAAGUGUUAUUUCUGUGAGCAGAAGUGCAGAAGACGGGGUGGGGAGAAGCUGAGGCAAACGGGGUAGGGUUGUGGGCAGUGGGAGAAGGAAGGAAAACGUGGUUGGAAAUGGGAAUGGGGCCAGGGGAGGAAGGGAAGACCAAAUACUGGUGAAGUGGAGAGGUGGCUAGGAACACUGGGAGAAGUGGUGGGAGCUGUGAGAGGAAAAUUAAAAGGAAGGAGAGGAAACCUCAAGCAAACUGAGAGAAGGGGGCAGUGAGGUAAAAGGAGAAGUCAGAUCAGUACUGCACACAAGUGUAGCAUACACCUGUAUUUCUCUAAGUCACAGUGUGCAUAAGCCAUCCAAUCUCAUGGCUUCCAAACAGCCUGUAGUGAAGAACAAAGGAGAGAAGCGUAAGAGAGUCGUGUUGACCCUAAAGGAGAAAAUUGAUAUCUGUACCCGUCUUGAAAAGGGCGAGAACAGGAAAGCUUUGAUGCAAGAAUACAAUGUUGGCAUGUCUACCUUAUAUGAUAUCAAGGCUCACAAGGGACAGCUGCUGCGUUUUUUUGCUAAUUCAGAUUCUAACAAAGCCCUUGAACACCGCCGCACCCUACACACUCCUAAGCUAGAGCAUCUAGAUCGGGUUUUGUAUGAGUGGUUCUUGGUGAAACGGUCCGAAGGCGUCCCUGUCUCGGGCCCAAUGCUCAUUGAGAAGGCUAAAGACUUUUAUGAGCAGAUGCAGUUGACUGAGCCAUGUGUUUUUUCUGGAGGAUGGCUUUGGAGGUUUAAGGCUCGGCACGGCAUCAAAAAGCUAGAUGUUUCCAACGAAAGACAGUCAGCAGACCAUCAGGCUGCAGAGCAGUUUUGUGGGUUUUUCCGAAGUUUAAUUGCAGAGCAUGGUUUGUCCCCUGAGCAGUUUUACAAUGCUGAUGAAACUGGUCUAUUUUGGCGUUGCUUGCCAAAUUCAACUCCUGAAGGGGCUAGCGCCUCAAGUUUGAAGCAAACCAAGGAUAGAUUGACUGUCCUCAUGUGUGCUAAUGCUGCAGGCUCCCACAAAAUCAAACCUUUGGUGAUUGGAAAGUGUAACGGUCCCAGGACUUUCAAAGGGAUUCAGCAUUUGCCUGUUGCUUACAAGGCACAAGGUAAUGCAUGGAUGGACAAAGAGAUCUUUUCUGAUUGGUUCCAUCAUAUUUUUGUACCUUCAGUGAAAGAUCACUUUAGAAGUAUAGGCUUACCUGAUGACAGCAAAGCUAUUCUUCUGCUAGACAAUUCUCGAGCCCACCCUCAGGAAGCAGAGUUAGUUUCUGAUAACAUUUUUACCAUCUUCUUGCCUGCCAGUGUUACCUCACUGAUUCAGCCUAUGGACCAGGGCAUUAGAAGAGAUUUCAUGAGAAAUUUCAUCAAUCCUCCAGUCAUUGUACAAGACCUUCAAACUCGUUACAACAUAAGUGAUGCCAUUUUUAAUGUUGCUUGUGCCUGGAAUUCUGUUACUAGUGAAAUAUUAAGACGAGCAUGGAGAAAAUUGUGGCCUAGUGUUAUGUUUGCAGAAGUGUCCUCUGACGAAGAAGAAUUUGACCGCUUUAGAGUAAGGCCUCCAAAUAACACACUCGUGCAGAUUCUUGAAAUGGUGAAGGAUCCUCCUUCACCCCCAGUCAACAAACUGAAUAAAAACGAGGGAAACGAGUGGGCUGAUGCUGACCAAGAAGGUGAAGUGUCACAGGGUGUUAGUGACACAGAAAUAGUAGAAACUGUUUGGAAUCCUGACAAUGGGACUGAUUCUGAAAAAGAUAGUGAUGGAGAAGAUUUUAGGGAAGGAGAGAAAACAUCUUGGGAAAAAGCUGCUUCAUCCUUUGAUUCAAUUAUUAGUUUUGCAGAAAAGCAGCCCUGUUUUACAAAUCAGGAGAUUAUGCAGUUGCAUAUGCUGCAUGCAAUUUUUAUGCGACAAAGGCAGAUGGCAAAUAAACAAACUGAGAUCAGGGAUAUAGUCAAGAUAGAAAAUCCCAGGGGAUAUCCUAGAGUUUGCACUGAUUCAUCCCAAUCACCUAUACCAUCUACAUCUACAGCACUGUAUACUGAUAACUGAUAUUCAUUUUGGUGUCCCUGAAGCCCCAUGAAUGGACACAGUUAUAUCCAGCAGGCUGUAUUUUCACUUAGGCAAAAAAAGAAAAAAAAAUGGACUAAGACAUUUUAGAGAGAUUUUCCACAGGGGUUAUUUAAAACCAAAGGUUGCUCAUUGAAUUUGGAAAUUCAUUUAAUCACAACAAUCUAAAACUCCUUGUGCAUUCCGGUUAAUCGAGGUUUUACUCUUAUCAUCCUUUAUGUAGUAUGAGGAACCCCCAAAGGAAGUCAUCAGAACCAAAAGGCUUGUCCUUCCUAGCACAUAACAGAGUGUAGUAUAAGCCUGUAUUUUAUCUUUCAGAAAGCACUGCACAUACAGAAUCUACAAUAGAAAUAGGAUCCAGAGAGAUCUUAGUUUGUGUAGAGGGAAAAGUGUAAGAUAUUCAAGUUAUCACACAAUAGUGUCUACAGACUUUUUCCCAGUUGGGGAUUAAAUGAGACUUCAGGGCUUGUUGCCUCUCUAGGUUUUUUACCAAAGAGGGGCUUGGAAGGUCUGACUUUGAAAGAUUUAUUAGGUAGCAGAAAUCCUUCAAACUAAACUUAAGUGAGAUUCUAUGAAUGAGUCUAUGUAGGACUUGGGGGCCAUCACGCUUGUCCUGGAAAUAAAAAUGAUGGUCCAUUUCAGUUUUUGAGGUAAUAGUUCUAUGAAGUCAGAACCAAUAAUAUUUCCAAUUUAAUAUAAUUACAUUCCAGAGAAAGAAAAAAAAAAUUGUUCCAUGACUUUGGAAAAGUCAGUCUUCACUCUCACUCAUAUACUUGUUAUCCCUCUCAGUAAGAUUGGGGAUUAGAUGACCUCUAAAGCCCUAUUUCUAGCAAUCCUUGAUUUUGUGGAAAUAUGUUUUUGGCAAUUCAUAUCUGAAACCAGGCACUAGCAGCAAGGUACAGCUACUUUGAAUGUUAAAAUGACUUUUUCCCAAGGAUAUCAGAAGUGUCAUCCUAAAUUAGUCUGCUCCUCUGUUCAACCCUACAUGGGGACAAUGAUGGGCAUCUUGAAGAUGUUUUACCUUCUAUUAGGUGAUUUGGGUCAAAUUACUUCCUUUCUCUGGGGUGUUUCCUUACCUUUAAAAGGUGAGGUUUGGAUGAGGCAGUCUUGAAGUGCUCUUCUGUCUUUAACUUUGUACACUUAAUAUG